AUGGUUCCCAUCGCUCUGGAGGUGACCUGCAGCUUCCUCACCUGGCUGUGUCUGUACCUCUGCCUGUGCCGCUGGAACAAGCGCCGCUCCUCCGAGUGGAGCUGCCGCCUGGUCACCCUCCUGCACGGGCUCGUUGUCACCUGCCUCUCGGGUUACACCGCCCUCCUGGCCGGCCCCUGGCCUCUGACCCACGCAGGUUCACCAAACACACCUCUCCAGACCCACGUGCUGUCCCUGACCUUGGGCUACUUCAUCUUCGACCUGGGCUGGUGCCUGUAUUUCCAGACAGAGGGGGGCCUGAUGCUGUUCCACCACACCCUGAGCAUCUGUGGCAUGGCCCUGGUGCUGGGGCUGGGCAAAUCUGCCACGGAGGUCAACGCUGUCGUGUUUGUCAGCGAGAUCACCAACCCCCUGCUCCAGGCCCGCUGGUUCCUGCGGGAGACGGGCCGGUACCACACCUUCCUGGGAGAGCUGGUGGACUCCCUCUUCGUGCUCCUCUUCCUGGCACUGAGGAUCGUGGGGGGAGCCUGGAUCAUGUGUGCCAUGCUGAUGGCCCCUCGCCCCAGCUGGCUCCUCAAGGCUGGGGGCCUGGCCAUGUACGUGGUGUCCCUGGGGUUCAUGGUUGAAAUCUGCCGCUUCGUCAGGAGGAAGAUGGUGAAAAAACACCUUCCCUGGACGCGCCUGAGGAGUGGGAAUGAACCUGUGAGAGUGAAUGGACACGUGGUUGCUCAUUGAUGGGUGGUGGAGGACAAUCCCCUGGCCUUGGGGCCUGGCUGCUGGAGCUUAUUCCUGCCAAAAGAGCUCCUGAAAUGACUCUCUGGCGCUGGUUUGCUACCCCUGGAAGGAGACGGGUCAGCGCGAGGAACGUGGAAAAGCUGGGAAAAGAGGGAUUUGAGUGGAAAUCUGAGCCUGACACUGAUUCCCUGACUUCUGCAGCAAUGGUACAGCCUCAAGGAGGGUGGCAAUGCCAGACCUGCUCAGUCUGCAGCCAACAACGGCACAGUCCGUGUGCUCUGUCAUCGUUUCUGAGGUAGAAUUAUUUUACAGCGCAGAGAAAAUCAAACAUGGAAAAUCCAACCUUCCUGCCAGUGGGGCUGGGUAGGGGUGUGACCUGGCAAAGAUUUGC